AAACUCAGCUGGGCUUUCCUUCCUGUAUUCACUUAGCAGCCCAGAGGCUGGACUGAAGGCUCUCUCUCGCCAGCUCCCCUUGGCCCUACUUGGGGAUGGCUGGUUGGGAGGUAGAUGAUUAAGCUGCAGACAUGGAAGGGAAAGGACCCUACCGCAUCUACGACCCUGGUGGGGGGACACAGGAAGAGGCGGCCGCAGCCUUUGAGCGGCUGGUGGAGGAGAACACCCGGCUGAAGGAGAAGAUGCAGGGGAUAAAGUCUCUAGGAGAACUGCUGGAAGAGUCCCAGAUGGAAGCAUCAAAGCUGCGUCAGAAGGUGGAGGACCUCGUGAAGGACAAUGAGAUGCUGAGGUCGUCUUCCUCUUUCGACAAACUGCCUGAAAUAACAGGAGGUGAUCCAGAGCCACACCUGUCCCCUGCGGGUCCAGGCAAAGCUGAGAAGGAGCCAGAUGCAGAAGCUCAGAAGCCUCCAUCCACUGGAUCCUCCUCAGAGUUCGAAAUUGUAUCUGGUGAGGACAAGAGGUUUUCCCAGGAGAGCAGGAAGUCGGAUGCAGAGCUGCAGAACGAGGACGCUAACCUGAUGCUGCACCUGCAGCGGCUGGAGAGCACCCUGAGCGUCUUCGCCGAGGAGCCGGACAAGAACCAGGUCUUGGCUCACCUAGGGCGCAUGGCCCUGGAGUUUAACCGCCUGGCCUCCAAAGUGCACAAGAACGAGCAGAGGACGUCCGUUCUGCAGACGCUGUGUGAGCAGCUGCGUAAUGAGAACGAGGACCUGCGGGCAAAGCUGGAGAAGGAUUUGGAGCAGAGGAAUCAGGCUACGGAGAAGCUUAGGUGUGAGAACCUGGAGCUGAAGAAGAUGGUGAUGAUGAGCAACAAGAUGGGCGUGAAAGGGGACGGAGUGGAGAGCGCUGGCCAGCAGCAGAGUGGGGCAGCGGCAGAGAAAGCAUCGGGCAAGGGCGUGCCAGGGGCCAGCGAGAAGAAGGUGAAGAUCCUCGAGCACCAGCGCAAUGAGCUGCUGGAGGUGAACAAGCAGUGGGAUCAGCACUUCAGGUCCAUGAAGCAGCAGUACGAGCAGAAGAUCACAGAUCUGCGCCAGAAGCUGGCAGACUCCCAGAAGGCGCUGAACGAGCUGGAGGCAGAGCGGGAGCCGAAGCAGAGGGACUUUGAUCGCAAGCUUCUCCUGGCGAAAUCCAAGAUUGAAGUGGAGGAGGCAGAAAAGGAGAGACUGGCUGGGGAGGUGAGGGAUCUGAAGCAGAGAAUCAGGUUCCUGCAGGAGCAGCUGGCACCAGUCACCAAGCAAAGGGAGUACCAGGAGAAGGAGAUCCAGAGGCUAAACAAGGCGCUGGAGGAGGCUCUGAAUGUCCAGGCCUCUGCUCCCGCCCCUUCUGCACUCAGUAACGCCGCGGAGCCGGGCGGGAGCAUGAGACCACACGAGCUGCUGACCCAGAACGAGCUCCUGAAGCAGCAGGUGAAGAUCUUCGAAGAGGACUUCCAGCGGGAGCGGCGCGACAGAGAGAGAAUGAACGAGGAGAAGGAGGAGUUGAAGCAGCAGCUGGAGAAACUUAAGAAGCAGUUAACAGUGUCCAACAACCAGCUGCGGCUCUUCAAGGACGACUGUCAGAGAGAGAAGGAGGAGAAGGAGAAACUGAAGAAGCUGCUGAAGCAGCACAAGCAGGUUUCUGGAGAGAGGCUGCACCCAGAGCCGGUCCCGGGGCCUCUCAGCCCUGCCUGCCCCAUGUACCAGUUCCAGUAUAGCCCUCCAGUGCCCCACCCCGUCUACCGUGGCUACGAGGACUGGCAGCAAAUCCGGUACCCACCUUCAGCGAUGCCAGGCGACCACCCACCAGUGCAAAACUUCCACCACUUCCCUCCUCCAGAGUACACCUGGCGCCCAGCUUGUGUUGUGUCCAGGACCCAGAACUCCCAAGCAGUGGAGGGAGUGAAACCGCUGCCCAAGGAAUCCGAACCUGCAGGGCUUGGGUUACCAAAAAGCCAAAGGCCGGUUUAGCUGUGGGCUAAUGUCAGAAGAAGAGGGGGCGGGGAGUGUGCGUGCCUGAGUGUAUCUAGACCCUGCCUCCUGCUAGUUAUCCUGUUCACACACACUGUAUAUAACAGCAGAUCCUUGAUGGGCUGGGAGCUGCUGAAGAGAGAACGCCCCGUGCCCUGAGGAGCUGCUGAGGAGCAAGUAGCAUAGGUGCUUCCUUGGAAUCCCAACUGGGAACUCGGCCUACGGGGGUUGUGCAAAUGGCCACGUGUGGUGAUCUUGUUCCUAGCCAUGUUGCUUUGGUUUUAAUUUGAUUCCCGGCCUUGCAUUCUGCAGCAGCACCUGCUGGGAGCCUCCCAUUUCCUAUGUUUCACCAGAGCCUUCCGUGGAGGAUUUUGCUGCAGCCUGGUUUUGUAUUUUAACGUGUAUUUGCUGGCUGACCCCAGAGACUUUUUCCCAUCAAAUAGUUUAGGUGGGAGAGCCGCCCCAUACAAUCCCAUGACGAGCAGAGAGGCCAGCUGAACGGAUGUCUGAUACCCUGAAUAGAUGGGUGGGGGAGAGGGUUUAAUUGUGUGUGGUUCUUUUCAUAGUUAAAAAGAAGCCAAGCUGAAGCUAAACUGAAUCCAUUGGUUCACAUCAUUUAUCUGUGAACACUCUCUAGGACUAAAGGGAGCGCUCUGGCUUGGAUGGCUUUUAAAGUGUCCCGAGUCCAGGAGUCAAAUGUAAAUGUCUCUCGCCUCUCCAUUGAAACUCAGGCGUGUAGUGCUUGCCCCAUGUAGAUACUGCCCAGCCCUGUGUACAUACAUAUACAUACACACUCACUGUCCAUAGAAGAUGUGGCAUCCCUCAUUCUCUGACUAGAUUGACCUCACAGUCCAGUCUGAGUGAUCAGGGAGCCGCUGGCCUAUGGUGUGCAAUAACCCUGCCUUUAUUGCUCCCAGGGAGCAGGCUGUGCUUCUCCCAUGUCCCCAAAGCAGAGCUAACGAGCCGCCUUUCGGUAACGAGUUAAGAUUUUAGGGCCCGAUUCAGCAAGGUACUUUAAGCACGUGUCUAACAUCAGGCGUGCUUUGACGUCGGUGGGACCUCUCCCCUGCUCAAAGGCAAGUGUGUGCUUUACCUUGCUGAAGUGGGGACCCGAGGGAGAGGAGGAAAACCUGAUGGAAGCGGCAAACAAUAGACACAAGUUCCUUUGUGGGCCCAGGCAGACCUGUUCUACUCCAUCCUGUUCUAUCCCCCUGCGGUGCGCCCCUGGGCUUGGCCUGCUCUGCAGACUCCCCGGGGUAGCUGUUGCGAAGUGCCGGGGUGUGCUGAGCAGGCGGCUCUGAGUACUUGCUGUUCAGUACUGGCAGUGGCUUUGAAGGGGUGAUGGGUCUUCCAAAGAAAAAAAUGACAAUGAAACAAGGUCUGAGGACAGGAAAGGAAUGGCCGCGAUCCGAUUCCUCAGCCUCCCUGAAGAGGCUAAUGUGUCUGUUCUUAUGCGAGGGUAUUGUGUGUGCAGUGUAUUGUUGUCUGUAAUUAAUCUGCUGUAUGUUAAUUACACAAAUGGUAAUGUGUUCUUGGGAGGGGGCUCUUGCCCCUCCUUUCUUGUGGGUGUCACUUCCCCUGGUUCCUCCAAUUCCCUGUUAGCUGUGCGGGCUAGUUCUGGGAACAGUGGGCAGAUCUCUGCCGUUCUCUGUACUGUCGAACGAUAACGGGAAGGGAAGGGGAGCAGAGGAGCUUUUCACCCCAUCUUCUCUGCAGAGAAAACACCCAACUCAUUGUCCCUCACCUUUUCCUCCCCUACUCCAUCUGCUAGGGUUUCCUUUCUGGGAUGUGAGUGGACUCCAGUCCCCUCCAGAUGCUGACAGUCCCUGGAAAGGGACUAACCCCAUCCAAAGGAGGUGCUGUGGGUCGACGUAACCCUGGACAAUCGUAGGACAUAAGCGGGUAAAUUCAGGAAGUGAGCAGUGUGACGGAGCACCCCCAGCUCUCUAAAUCACUUGCGCUUCAUUAGCCCAAAGCUGGGCCGAAGGCUGGACUCCUUUUCAAAGUAGUUUGGGUUUUGUAUUGUUUGUGCAGAAAUGUGCCUAUCCAUACUGGUAGAUAUUUCAAUAUAACGCCUGUCUGUGUAUACACACCCUCCCCAUGAUCUCGAUUUAAAUCUGCUACAUCGGCCAGAGGGUGUGAACUUAAACCCUGGGGGAGCUUGCAGUACGGGAGGCCAGCUGAUAGCUCUGUCUGUUUGCUGACUCUGCACUGCACAUGUUGCAGUCCAUGGGGUGCGUUCGCCCACCAGCCAUUCACUGGGCUGUUGUCCGUGAUCACAUGGCACCUGUGUCCCCAAGAACCUGUAUCUGGCAUCGCUGGCAUGUGACUGAGGGUUUCAGACUGUCAAUCUAACAGCGCUGUAUGUAGUGAGCUGGCCUCUGUUUGUCUGGUUCAUAUGAGUGGCCCCAUGGGCUUCCCGGGCACUGUUCCCAUGUGCAAAGCAAGCGGAUUUGGCCAUGGCGGUGUGAAGACAAGGCUACCACUGUAACCCAGGCUAAUAGAAGUGGUUCCUUGGCCGCUUCUAGGGGCUAGCUCAUAUAUAGAGACUUGAGUCUGCUUCUGCCUCUGAACCAAUGGACCUGCUCUUUUGGCUUAAAAUCUGCCCUGCCUGCCCCAGACCGGAGGGAGAAUAACAAAACCCCAGCUCUGGAGGCUGGCUGUACUGUUCCUGUGAAUACGGCCCGAUAGCAAAAGGGACACCCGCCCGGCUUACAGCGAGUGAAGCCUGUAACUAGCAUACGCGUGUGUAAAACGCUCCAUGAUUUGAUCUCCCCUGACAUCAGUCACUCAGCUCGGUGGGUCCCCUCGGGGCCUGCUGGCUUCCUGCGACUGCCCAGUUCUGCACCCACUGCCCCCUGUCUAGUUUUUUUUUCAGUGUGGCUCCUAAACCACCCAGCCUCUCGUUCCUUUGCUCUGGUUACUGCCUGUCCCUUCAGUUCCCUGUUCACAUGGGUUAAAUCCCAUUCCUUACAGCUCUGUAUCUAGGCCUGGAUUCGUGUCAAUCUUGUAUGUGAAAAGCCAUGCCUGCUCCAGAUGAAAACUAGUGUGGAGUGACAUCCCCAGAGGGGUCUGACUAGGUUCGGCACUGGGCCCCACCAUGAAAUGUCUAGCUCUGGCUCUGGGCUGCCUUUCUAGCCGAUGGCUCUGUGUUUACUAUGCACAGUGACCCGCGUUGUUAUUGCAGCUGAAAAGGGGUGAGGGGGCCAGUUUUUCUUACCCCAAUCCCCAUGGGUUCCCCACACGGAGAAGACCAUUUCCAUGGAUUUGGGAUGUUUCACCAUCCAUUUUGCUCACACGUCUAAGACAUGCUCAUGUUUUAAACUGAUACAAAUCCAGCCACUCUGCCUAGGUUUUGAAAUGCUCCCUGUAUAGCAAAUAUCCUGGAAAACAAACCCCCUCCAUUCCCCCAGGGGGCAAACGUCUACCCCAGAGAUGCAUGUACAAAUCUCUGACACGGGUUGGUUGGUUUCUGUGCAGAAAAAUUAUGAUGAAUUGUAACAAUAACUGUUCCUUUGCAAUACUCCUUAAUAAACGAUCUGGAGAUUUUUUUCCACCCCCAG